CCGGUGUGUGCGGGGACGGAGAGAUGAGGUGUCCGCCAUUACCGCCUGGACCCCCGCACCCUGCCCGCCGCCUCCCGCAGGGCUCCGGGGCCCCGCCAGCACCGCGGGUUGUCCAGAAACUGCCGCUUCUGUGAGGCCUUGGCGGGCGGAACGCGGAGCUGCCCGAAAAUUGGAACUGUCGGUGGGCGGAACGCGGGGCGGGAGCCGUGGGGCGGGGGGGACCCGGGCUUGGCGCACCGGGGCCCUGUGGGGGGACGGUUUGAGCGACGGACCGAGGAUGGGAUGAUGGCGGCGGUGCCGAAGGCGCUGUGCUGGGAGAAGGGAGCGAUGCUCAGGCAGCUGUUUGCCCUUAGCAGAACUUUUAAUCAUUGUCUUGUUUCCUCCAGAGCAUCAACACCCAGAGAAAACCAUCUGUGUGCUGCAGGUGCUGCUCUCCUGAGUUGCCACAGAUCCUACAAAGCCCGUCCUACUCAUGGAAUUGGGAGGUAUAAAUACCUGCUCCCAGCAGAGACUCCAAAGAAGAAAAAGGACAGAGUGCAGAUGAAGGAGAUCAAUCCUGGCACUGAGUUUGAGUAUGGAGAUGUCAACAUCCAGAUGACUUCCUACGACAUGUGCCUGGUGGAGCACUUUGCCCAGUAUGUCCACAGGCUCUGCAACAGGCUCUCCAUCAAGGUCAACGAGAGCUAUGCCAUGCCCACCAAAACCAACGAGGUGCUGUUCCUGGAAGAGAAAGGAUCCAAGAUGCAGCUGGAUGCAGUCCUUACCACCCACCAGAGGGUUGUCCAGAUCAGUGGUUUGAGUUCCACGUUUGCUCCGAUACUCCUGGAGGUUAUCCAGAGUAACCAGCCCGAGGGGGUCCAUCUCCUCAUCAAACAGGUAUGUUUGCAUUUCCCAGUGCCUUUCCUUUCAAGGAGCAGAGAUGAUCCAUGUCAGGAAUUUCUUUUGAAAUUCCUGAGGCUGCUCCUGCUCUGGGCCUAGGGUAUCCAGGAUGUCCCAGAGCCAGGCCCUCCCUUCUCCAUGAAAACCCACUGCUUCCAAUUCCUUCCUUCCCCAUUUAACCUCCUCUAAUUGGUGCCACUUCCCAGCCAGUCCCACAGAUCCACAGGACAUGGCAGGUUGCAGGUUCCUUUCCUUUGCUGCCACAUGAGUCCAAAGGGAAUGUUUCACUCCACCAUUGCUCCACCACUUAUCCUGGAAUCCCCAGGAGCUUCAUGGAGCAGUUGGGAGCAAAGCUGAGACAGGAAACCCAAACACUGUGCCCUGUUUUGAUGGAAUUCGCUCUGGAGUGGGGGGUUAAACUUGGGUUUUCUGAGAAGCCCAACAGUUUUCCAGCACUGAGUGACU